AAUAAAACGUGCACUUUGCACUAAACUAUAGAACCUUUUUUAUUGUAAUAAACAGCUGUUUUCUAAUACUUCCGAUUGAACUCAACAUCAUGCAUUGAGGGUGGUGUACCGCCUGCAUCUGACAAGCAAGGGCUACUGAACCACUUAUCCCGUAUCACACCAUUAUAAAACGUCAAAGCCAUCAGAAUGAGCCAGAUGAUGACCAAAGUUAUGAGCAGAAUGACGCUAACGACCUUCAUGCCUGUCACAUUCAUUUCUUUGCCUAAUUCCUGGGCGGACAGGGCGAGUGUCCCGAUCGGGAAGGUGCAUCCCCAUAACGAUAAAUUGAUAGGUAUUCGCUUUGAGAUCAUAGUGUCGAAGAAGGAAAUGAUGGCCAGCGCCAACCAGAGACAUCCGAAUCCCCAUAUGAUAAGUGCGAACGGUAUACUAGCUGUUUGCAAUGCAGAUGCUGCAAAUUUAGCUAAUUCUGGAUCCUCGACUGAUGUAAAUGGUACUAAACCGCGUUCAUUAGCUAUAUCAGUGAGAUUCCGAGCUAAUUUCAGUAUUGCAUAUGCCGAUUGACCGCAGGGACCAAUUGGAAUAAACGUUGAACUUAUCACCGCCGCUGGUGGAAUCUUGAAGAGCAUCAAUCUUGAUGUGUAGUUCGCUAAAACAAUAAGCGACAUCGGUACACCCAUACCGAGCAAUAUGUAGCAUAUAGUUAUUGUAACGAUGGCUUGGUUUUCUGGCAAGACAGUAGCAACUGCUGCACCUGUAGAUGCACAGACAAUCGUGCUGACGGUUGGUAAGAGUGCAGUGGCAAAAAUUUGACUAUUUUCGAGAGUUUGCCUGCUCAUUUGUAUAAAGGGAAUACCAAUGCAAGUGAUAAUACUCAUUGCAACAUUUAUAUACCAAAAAACGUAAGAAAGAAGAGCAAAAUUAUAUCCGUAUCUUGGAACCAGAAAAUCAACAAUACAGACGAUAAUCGUACUGAAACCCAUAGUGAGCGUAGCUAGGAAUACAUUGACUGGAUUUACUAGCAUUAAGGGUAGCAUUGAGGGCCAGAUUGCGUACCUAGCGAUUGUCAUAAGAAGUAGUACAACAAACAAGACCACGUUUAUCCCGAAUACGACGCCAGAGAUCGUCUGCAAGCCAUUAAACUGAUAUGGACAAUUGAAUAGUAGUAUAGACAGUAUACCAGUUCCCAUAGUCAUAGCGAACCACACUGGUGUUAUAUUGACUACACGCUUACGGAGGCCUUUCUUUAAAUCAUAUAUUACAUUGCUCAUUAUUUCUCUACUAGCUUCUAGUCAUAAAAUAAACUACCCGUGAUCGUUGAAACGAAAAAAUAGUAAAAAUGAUGUCAUCAACUUUAGGCUUGAAUGAUUUUUAGUCUAAAACGGUCAUGAUAUCACGCGCAUUCAAGUUAAAUCGACGUAGUUUAGUGAGAAAUUACGGCGCAGCAGCUACGCCGUUCCGCACGCACUUUGGAGGAGAAGCCACACCAACGACGUCGACGUUUUAUGAUAAAGCUAGCUCAACAUGGACAUACGUAUUACAUUGUAAAGAUACGCGGAAAGCUGCCGUAAUUGAUCCCGUGCUUGAUUUUGAUAUCAGCAGUGGGAAAGUGACUACAGAGAGUGCUGACGCCUUGUUAGCGUUCCUGCAUGAAAACCAGCUUUCUGUUGAACAUAUACUCGAAACUCACGCCCAUGCCGACCAUCUCACUUCUGCAAAAUACCUUCAAAAGCACCUACAUGCGCCGAUCAGCAUUGGUCAACGUAUUCGCGAAGUCCAGGCUACAUUUGGACCGCGUUAUGGUCUUAAGCCUGAUUCAUUCGUUGGGAGUUUCGAUAGGUUGCUACAGGAUGAUGAGAUAGUUUCUUUGGGCAACCUCAAGGGAAAGGUUAUGCAUCUCCCUGGUCAUACACCCGAUCACGUCGGCUAUGUGUUUGGAAAAAGUGUCUACACGGGUGAUUCUGUAUUCCUCGCACCUGUUUUCACUGCUAGAGCUGAUUUUCCAGGCGGUGUAGCUUCCUCUCUCGCGACAUCCAUCGAGAAGUUGCUCAGUCUUCCGCAUGAUUACAAGCUUUUCGUUGGUCAUGACUAUCCCGGAGCUGAGCGUGAACAGAGCUGCUGGACGACGGUUGGUGAUCAACUAACACUCAACGACCACCUAAAACAGGAAGACUUCGCGAAAUUCCGUGAAGAACGUGACAAGACAUUGAAUACACCUAAAUUGCUACAUCCUGCGAUACAAGUUAACAUACGUGGUGGGAGACUUCCUCCAUCUGACGAAGAUGGAAUAAGCAGACUGAAAUUACCAAUAACGACAAAUGUAGACCUAUAAAUUGUACAAAUAAAUUAACUCUAUACCUUUUCCUAGUCAUCAAAUGUGAUCUUCGUAGGUGCAGGCGCAUUUUCAAUAGCUUUCGCUUGGGCUUUCUUGGCCGCCCAAGAAGGAUGCAAAGGUCCCUCAUCCUCUGCUUUAGUAGGCUUCUGAGGUGGUUUGUUGUUACGUGGCGGAGGUCUCCCACUUCCACUUUUACCAUCUUGUUUAGCGUUUUUAUCGAAUUUCUUGAAG